AUGUCUGUUGCUCAAACUUUGUUAGCAGCGCUGGAUUGUGAUCUGCUCAAAGAGAUAUUCUCCACUGCUCACUACAAAUCCAAACUCAAUGAACUCCGUGACACUGUCAUAAGAAUAGAGGCCGUGCUCAAGGAUGCUGAGGCCAAGCAAGAGCUGUCGGAACAAGAACGGCUCUUUAUUGAAGAACUCAAGGAUGCAGUUUAUGAAGCCGAUGAUCUCUUCGAUGAGUUUGUCACUCUUGCUGAGCGGAACCAGCUCACCGAGGGUAUCAAGGUUCGUGUGCUUUCUCUUUUUACCAAGUUUGGUACUGCUUACAAUAUGACUCAGGGGGUGAAGAAGAUCAAGAGUAAGCUGGAUGCUAUUGCUAAUGAUAAGCGGUUCAGCUUGAGCAUUGAUCCUAAGCUCAUUAAGAAUCGAAGGCCUGAGACCUGUUCCUAUGUGUAUGAAGCUGAUGACAUCAUUGGAAGAGGGCUUGAUUUAGAGAAGAUUGUUGGUGUGUUACUUGAUUCUAAUGUUCAGCAAAAUGUUUCUUUUCUUUCCAUUGUUGGGAUUGGUGGGUUGGGUAAAACAGCGCUUGCCCAACUUGUGUAUAACGAUGAAAGAGUCACAACUGCAUUCCCAUUAAAAGUGUGGACUUGUGUCUCUGAUGAGAAUGAGGAGUUGUUGGAUGUGCAAGGGGUUCUUGAUAAGAUUCUAGCGUCGGCCACAGGUGGAAAGAAGAUGAAUGGGGACUUUACCAUGGAUGUGCUGCAAAAACAACUUCGAGAACAGCUUCUUGGGAAAAAAUUCUUGCUUGUUUUGGAUGAUGUGUGGACUGAAAAUUAUGAGCAAUGGCAGAAUUUGAAGAAAUUUUUGAUGGGAGGUCAGAUUGGAAGUUGGAUUGUGGUUACAACGCGCUCACAUCGAACUGCGGAAAUCAUAGGAGAGGGUCUGAAGCAUGAGCUAGAAGGCUUGUCAAAGGAAGAUUCAUUCCGUUUACUUAAAAAAGUAGCAUUUGGAUCACAACACUCAAACCCUCCCGAAGACUUGCUCAAAAUUGGUGAAGAUAUUGUAGAGGAAUGUGCUUUUGUCCCUCUUGCAAUUAGAGUGGUGGGAAGUCUUCUCUUUGGCCAAGAAAAAAAUAUUUGGCUGAAAAUUCAAAAGUUGGGAUUAGCGCAAAUUAAUAGAAGCAAAAAUAGCAUCAUACCUACAUUGAAGCUGAGUUACUACCAGCUUGAAUCCCCACUGAAAAGUUGUUUCUGUUAUUGUGCAGUGUUUCGUAAAGAUUAUGUGAUGAAGAAGGAUACACUGAUAAGGCUUUGGAUGGCACAUGGCUACAUCCCAUUGGAUGAUCCUCAGAGUCCGGAAGAUCUUGCUGAGGAAUAUUUCUCGAUCUUGUUGCGGAGAUGUUUCUUGCAAGACGUGAAGAAAGACGAAGAUGGUAGCAUUGAAUCAUGUAAGAUACAUGAUUUAAUGCAUGAUCUUGCUCAACAAGUUGUGGGAAAGGAGAUUUGCAGAGUGGAAACCAUGAAUGGGGAUGUUGACAAAAAAGUUCGCCAUCUCUCUCUUAUUAGACGUACAAAUAAUUUCUCUUUUACUAAAAAGAAGAGCCACCUACGUUCAUUUCUUCGUGCUAAUGAGCCGUAUUGUAGUGAUGAAAGUUCCAGAUCCCUACGUUCAUUUCUUUCUUCUCGUCAUAAAGAAUUCAAGAUGGAUCAGCUUUGUGUGGCUGCAUUAGUAGGUAAUUGGAAGUAUUUAAGGGCAUUGGACUUGCGUGGGUCAAGAAUCAAGAGUUUGCCGGGCUCAAUAGGUGAUCUGAUACACUUGAGGUAUCUAGACCUCUCACACAUUAGUAGGUAA